UUAACCACUUUUCUUUCCUGAAUUAGAAUCCAAUGAGUCAAUAAGUCUUCGCCAAAAAUUUUUUCUUACCUUUUUCUUGGAUACUUCGUGGAAAUCAAUCCAGAUUCCAGCACAAAAAAUAAAUUAAAUUAAAGUAGCAAAGUGGAGUGAGUGAUAUUGAAAGUAACCAAUCUUCACCACACUUUCCUCAAAGACUAAACAAGCCAGGCUCAAGAAAUAAGAAACAAAAAAGCAAACUUGCAUUAUAGCAGCAAUAAGUUUCAGAAUCAGAAGCAGUACUAUCACACCAUUGCAAGGAUCACAGGAUGGCAAUCAGCACAAGAUGGACCAACCAUGUUUUCUUGAGUUUCAGAGGUGAUGACACCAGAAAAGGCUUCACAGACCACCUUUUUGCUUCCCUUGAAAGAAGGGGUAUCAAGACUUUUAAGGAUGAUCAUGACCUUGAUAAGGGAGGAUCCAUAUCUGUGGAGCUCUUCAAGGCCAUUGAAGAGUCCAUGUUUGCACUCAUCAUCCUCUCACCAAACUAUGCUUCCUCAACUUGGUGCUUAGAUGAGCUCCAAAAGAUUCUUCACUGCAGGAGCAAUCUUGGCCAAGCUGUUUUUCCCAUCUUCUAUGGUGUUGAUCCCUCUGAUGUGAGGUAUCAAAGAGAAACCUUUGGUGAAGCCUUCAGAAAACAUGAAGAGAGAUUCAGAGAAGACAAGGACAAAGUGAAGAGAUGGAGAGAUGCCUUGAAAGAAGUUGCAAGUUUCUCUGGUUGGGACUCUAAGGAUCAACAUGAAGCAGGACUAGUUGAAACAAUUGUUGAUCACAUACAGAAAUUGCUGAUUCCGAAGCUGCCAACUUGCACAGAUAACCUUGUUGGGGUUGAUUCAAGGAUAAAGAGGGUGAUUUCACUCAUAGGCAUGAGGUUGGAUGAUGUUCGCUUUGUUGGCAUAUGGGGCAUGGGUGGCAUAGGUAAGACUACAACUGCUAGAUUAGUCUAUGAAUCAAUUAAAGAGGAAUUCCAAGUUAGUUGCUUUCUUCAGAACAUUAGAGAGAUGCAUGAGAAAAAUGGCUUAGUUCAAAUCCAAAAGGAACUUCUUUCUCAUCUUAAUGUAAGAAGCAGCAAUUUUCAUAAUUUUUUUGAUGGGAAAAAAAUAAUAGCAAACUCUUUGUGCAAUAAAAAGGUUCUUCUUGUUCUUGAUGAUGUAAGUGAAUUAAGUCAAUUGGAGAAUUUAGCAGAGAAGCAAGAGUGGUUUGGUUCAGGUAGUAAAGUGAUAAUCACAACCAGAGACAAACACAUUCUGGCAACACAUGGAGUGCUAAAAACUUGUGAGAUUGGAGGCUUAUUCUCAAAUGAAGCUCUUCAUCUCCUCUCUUUGAAAGCCUUCAAACAAGAUCAGCCUAAAGAAGGGUAUUUGGAUUUGUGCAAAGAAGUGGUUGAAUACACUAAAGGCCUUCCACUAGCAAUUGAAGUGCUAGGUUCCCAUCUUCAUGGAAGAACUAUAGAAGUUUGGCAUAGUGCUUUGAAGCAAAUAAGAAGUUUUCCGCUUCCUGAGAUCCAAAAUACACUGAAAGUAAGUUAUGAUGGUUUAAAUAGCCCCGAGCAAGAUAUGUUUCUAGAUAUUGCCUGUUUUUUCAAGGGCAUGGAUAAAGAAGAAGUUACAGAUAUGUUAGAAACUUGUGGUGGUUGUCCUAAAAUUGGAAUUGAAAUUUUGAUUGAAAGAAAUUUGAUAACUAUUGGUGCAACCAAUAAGUUGCAGAUGCAUGAUUUGAUUCAAGAAAUGGGAAGAAAUAUUGUAUUCCUAGAAUCUCCAAAUGAUCCAGGCAAACGUAGCAGGUUAUGGUCUCAAGAUGACAUUGAUCAUGUAUUGACAAAUAAUAAGGGGACUGAAGCCAUUCAAGCUAUAGUUCUAAACAUAGUUCAACCAUAUGAAGCAUGCUGGAGCACUGAAGCCUUCUCCAACAGCAAUCAAGUAAGAUUACUCAAGUUAUGUCAGAUGCAACUUCCUCUUGGCCUCAAUUGCCUUCCUUGUUCACUCAAAGUUCUUCAUUGGGAAGGAUCUCCUUUGAAAGCUCUACCAUUUAGUAAUCAACUGAAUGAGCUUGUUGACCUCAAUUUGUCUCAUAGCAAAAUUGAACAACUUUGGCAUGGAAAAAAGAUUCUUAAAAAGCUAAGGUUUAUCAAUUUGAGUUUCUCCAAGAACCUAAAGAAAACCCUUGACUUUGAUGGGGUUCCAAAUCUUGAAUCAUUGGUUCUUGAAGGUUGUACAAGUUUAACGGAAAUUCAUACGUCCCUUGUACAUCACAAGAAACUUGUUCUAUUGAAUUUGAAAGACUGCAAAAGGCUCAAAGCUUUUCCAAGUAAAUUGGAGAUGUGUUCAUUGAAAGAUUUAAAUCUCUCUGGUUGCUCAGAACUGAAAAUACUUCCCGAGUUUGGCGAAAACAUGGAACUUCUAUCAAUGCUUUCUUUAGAGGGAACUGCUAUAACAAAGCUACCAUCAUCAAUUGGAAGUCUAGUUGGCCUUACUCAAUUGAAGUUAAACAAUUGCAAGAAUCUUGUUUGCCUUCCAGACACCAUUCAUAAACUGAAGUCUCUCAAGAUUUUGAAUGUUUCCGGAUGCUCAAAAAUUCGCAGCUUGCCGGAGUGCCUUAAGGAAAUAAAGUGUUUGGAGGAACUAUGUGCAAGUGAAACAGCAAUAGAAGAACUCCCUUCAUGUGUCUUUUAUCUAGAAAGCCUCAGAGUAAUCUCAUUUGCUGGUUGCAAGGGGCAAGUAUCAAAUUCAAUGGACAUGUUUCUCCCUUUUAAGUGGUUGUUUGGAAGUCAACAAGCUCCAACCGGAUUUCGCUUGCCACCUUCAGUCUCCCGCUUAUGCCUUUUGAGCAGUGUAGAUUUAAGUUACUGCAAUUUAUCUGAUGAAUCAAUACCAGAUGACUUUUGCCAUUUAUCUUCCUUGAGGAUUCUAGAUCUCUCUGGGAAUGACUUUGUUAGCAUGCCUAGGAGCAUAUCGAAACUUCCAAAGCUUGAGUAUCUUGAUAUAAAUUGGUGCAAAAAGCUUGAAUCUUUGCCAGAGCUUCCAUCAAGCAUAAAAGAAUUGGAUGCAAGCAAUUGUGCCUCACUUGAAGCUUCCAAAUUGAAUCUAUCCAAGCCAUGCAACCUCUUUGCAUCACCUAUACAAUGCCACCUUCCUAUACAAGAAAUUAUCAAUCGCCUUUUUGAGGGACUUAGCAUCCCAAAAGCAAGAUUUGACAUGCUUAUAACUGGGAGUGAAAUUCCAUCAUGGUUUGUCCCUCAAAGAUGUAUUUCCUUUGCAAAGAUAGCAAUCCCUCAAAAUUGUCCUGUAAAUGAUUGGGUGGGAUUUGCUCUGUGUUUCAUGUUGGUAAGUUAUGCAGAUCCACCUCAAGUGUGCAAUCAUGAAGUUGAAUGUUAUUUGUUUGGGCCUAAGGGUAAGAUGUUCAUCAACUCCAGGAAUUUACCUCUUAUGGAGCCAUAUUGCCCUCACCUUUAUAUUCUUUAUCUGUCCAUUGAUAAAUUUCGUCACACAAUUUAUGAAGGUGGUCACUUCAAAGAAAUUGAAUUUGUAUUGAAAAGUUAUUGCUGCCAUUCAUUACAAAUAGUGAGGUGUGGGUCUCGAUUGGUGUGCAAGCAAGAUGUUGAAGAUAUUUUUGGAAAUCAUUCCUAGCUUCACUUUCUUGCUUGGUUCUUGUUUUUGUUGAUAGACAUAUUUCCACUUAUUUAUUUCUAUUUUUGUAAAACAAGACAACAUCCAAUAUGCUCUCAGUUUCAACAGUUAAAUGAUUGUAUAAGAACUUGCACCAAAAUAAAACUUUUACACUCCACAGCUCAUGUAUGAAUUAGUGAAUAUAGUUAAGCCA